GAUAACAAAAAAUGCAUGAAAGAGGCUACCCAUGCCAACGGCGUCUUCUGUUGGUUCCAUUCCAAGCAGGUCUAUGGGCUCUACAAGGGGUAUAAACGACGCAAUGCCAAGCUGGAUGCAUUGGAGAGAAAGCCCCCCUCUUACCUAAAGGCAACCAAGGUUCCUCUUGUGAACCAGACCUUUGAGGAUAUCAACGCGGUGCAUUCCCAUCUUUUCGACAGAUAUGUCCUCACCGGACAAGUCAUCGACGCUCGCAGGCUUCACCAUUCUCACUUCUAUUCGGCCCAGCUCGAUUUUGGGCAUCAAUCAUACCUUGACAAGCUCAGCAGCAACCGACACAUUAUUCUUCGGUCUUUGGAGAGACUGGAAAAGCGGACUGCAGAUGUGCUAUACCAAAAGGAGCAAUGGUUCGCCUGGGUGCGCCAGGCACAAGAAGACGAGGAGGCAACUCGUGACAAGGAGCAGAAAAAGAUCAAACAGGAGGCUGCCUUGUUCAAGCGUCACCGAGACAAGCUACAGGCUAGACUAGAGCAGGCAAGACGAGAAGAGGAACAAAGGAGCCAGGAUGCCUAUCUUGAAGCUGCUUUCAGGGAGCGUAUGGAUAUGUCAGCAGACGAAUGGGAGAAUGAUGAGGCGUGGGACCCCAUCAAAGACACGGACCACGACAAGCGCAACCAGUACAUUAAUCUGAUCAAACACUUCCUCUGGAUGGAUGCUGCGGAUAUCGACAACAGCCAAGAUGCUCCUCUAGUUGAGUCAAAAGCUCAGGCCCAGGCGGAGGAGGCUGCCGAGGACCAACAGGAGGAAAAAGGCCCAAAACUCUCCAGAAAAGCAAAGAAAAAGAGCAAGGCCAAGAAGAGUGCCGUCAAGCCUGCCGAUCAUGGCACUUCUGGCGCUUCCCCAACGGAUCAGAGUGGACAAAGCAGGCUCGUGGCCAUGCGGCAAAGCGAGGCCAAAAAAACAGACUCCGACCAACAGAUGCCCGAUAGGAACAAUAUUGAAACAGAACAGGAGAUGAGAAAACGCCUGAGCCAGGGAGUCGACAAGAAAAUGGACAAUGCUUGGGGCUUCCAUAUCGUUGGAUCGGUGCAAAAUCCCUAUGAGACGUUUAAGAAGACGGCACCGAUGACCAACGACGAGAUCGAGACUGCCAUCAAGGAUAUUAGAGAAAUCAAGUUGCUACUCUUCUGUCGUCUGUUGCUUGCACAAGCAUCCAUGUUGCCCGCUGCACUACGUGCUAGUAGCGUGCACGAGUUCCUCAACGAUUCCGAGGUUUUCGACUCGGAUUUGCGGGAUAUCUGUUUGAAGCUAGAAACCCCUUCUCUCCAGCAGAUUCGAGAUGCGUGUGCCGACUUUGCACGCAGAGAUGAUGCAGAGGAGGCUGGUGGCAGCGAAGCUAUAGAUGACAGCGGGUCGGAUGAUGAAGAAGCUUUUCGCGACAAGGUGGGCGACCAUGGCCGUUAUAUGCACCUCCACACAGAGGAAUGGUUCCUAAACGAGCUGGUCGGCCAGCCGCGCCAGGAAGCCACCUCCUCAACACAGAGAUCUCGAGUAACAAUUUGUGGUAAGAAGGUGUGGAAUCACGCCAGUGAAAAGGCAAUGUCCCGAGACGGCUGGCUGCAGUUCUCAAUCAUAGCCAAAGACUGCAGCUUUAAACAUGCCAUCCAACUCUGCCGGAAUUGGGCUGAGUUCUCCGAACUGAAUCUCCUUACCCUGUGGCAGUUUUUCCCUGCUUCUAAUUGGGAAUCUUGGGGCAGCAACAAGCUUAUCCGGCAGUUGCUUGAGUUGCAGUUUUUCCCUUAUUUUAUUGAUCUUGAAGCCCAGCGAUACCGUCGUCGUUUCAAGGCCAGUGGGCGAGGUCAAUUACGUCGCCAGCAUGACGUGAUCGAGACGAGGAACAUCAUUGUCGGCCACAUGAAGCGCCGAGACCCAGUCACCCGCCGCUUCCUGCAGUACCUCACAAUGAGGACUGGGGAGCUGCUGGUCCUGGUACGGGACGGCAAAAAUGGCCGUGUCAUAACGGCUCCUCCUGAUGCGCAUCUGUGGACUUAUCGCAGGAAAAAGGGCAUCGGAAGAGCCUCAAAGAAUGAAUGGCAGAAUCUCCUAGAGGUGGGCCCUGAUUACUUCGACAUGACUGAUUCACUGAGGGAAUGGCGCUUUGGGUUCGAUGACUUUUACGACGUCUACAUCUGGGAUUUGGUGCCUGAUGCAUCACCGCUGCGCAUGUAUAAUGUCAUCAUCUCGGAACUUCGCAAAGCAUGGCGCUUUACCCAGCCUUUAGAUAUGUAUGCUCACAUGGAACCGCUCUUACGAACUUUGACUAGGGAGAAGGAAACGAUGCGCACGCGCAAGAUAAACCCUGGCGAACAGGUCGAGAGUCUCUGGGAUGUUGUGACAGGCGAUGACGUAGAAUUCUGCCUUUACGAUGCCAGAGGAACCGCCGUGACUUGGCCACCCAAGGAUCCCAACAGCAGUGAACUUGCCAACUUCCAUUACCUGUUCUACAACAAAGCCAAUGUUGUAGAGGACGAGGUUUUAUUCCCAGACGGACUGGCAGCUAACAGAGAAAGGCAUUUCCGAGAAAUAAGAAAUGCCAUCGAUCGCUUUGAACAUCCUAUGCUCCCUAGUAGGCCGCGAUAUUUCGAAAGAGGGAUGACGGCAAUUCUUGAGGGGCAAGAUCUCGAGACUACGCUUAAUCAGGUGAUGGAUAGUGAUGAGGGGAGUAUCUGGGCCCUUCCAGCGAUUUGGGAAUCCGGCUUAGAGAAGCUCCUACAAGGAACUCUUUCAGCGGAACAGCGUCAAGUCCUUGAGAAGGCUGGGCUUGGCACUAUCAAAGAAAGCCAAUUGUUGGCCGAUCGCCUCAAAAAGGUGGAUCCCAUGGAGCAGAUGGAACGCGAAAGAUCUAUCGGUAAG